AUGAUGGCCUCUAACGCAUCCUCGCAGCCUACGUGUCAGAACUGCAGUACCUCAACGACACCGCUAUGGCGACGUGACGAGUUUGGCUCGGUCCUCUGCAAUGCUUGUGGCCUCUUCCUCAAGCUGCACGGCCGACCCCGACCGAUUUCGCUCAAGACAGAUGUCAUCAAGAGCCGUAAUCGCGUGAAGACAAUGCGCACAGACUUAGCGCCUAAGAAGAAGAUGAAUGCGCAGAAUAACCAAGCCGCACGGAGAAAAUCAGCGAACGGUAUGAUCGAUGGGCAUGACUCCCCAAUCUCGAGGACGGGAACACCAGCCCUCUACAACCAGUCCCUGCCAUUUAUGGUGGAUGACCCAUAUGCCUCGACUGGUGUAUCCGGUUUUGCGCCUGGGGAUGGGACAGGCUCUCCCCUCAACGGCGACAGGGGUCUUGAUGCGCCACAGACACACGAACAGCUUAUCGCACAGAAUUCCAGUCUGAAAACACGUGUGAGCGAGCUUGAAUUCAUAAACGAGCUGUUCCGAGGACGUCUCAGUCAGUUGGAACAGCAGGAGGCAGCAGCGGCUAGAAGAGAUCAAGAGGCUACCGGGCUCGAUCCCACCCAGUCCAGGUCCACGCUGGAAAUUAGCCAAGAGAAUGAGCAACAAUUGCGCGUCCAACUCGAUGACAGCCAUCGUAGGGAAAACAGCCUGAAAAGACGCCUGGAUGAGAUGGAGCUAGAGUUGAAAGCGCUCAAGGAUGCGGCUGAAAUACCCACCGAGAGACCAGCCAAGAAGGCCCGCAUUCAAAGUCCCUCGGAAGCGCAAACGGAGGCACAGCCAGAACCACAAUCUGAGGGCAACGUUGAACCCCAACCCGAGCCCCAAGCUGAACCUCAAAUAGAUCUCCAGCUCAGUGAACAACCUGAAGGGCAGCCCGAAAAGCAACUAGAGCGCGAGGCAAACCAGCUCGAGCCUGAAAAUAAGGAGGCCUCUGACGUGAAAGCUGAGGCAUUGAACGAAGAAUCUUGA